AUGGAAACGUUUCUUGAUGGAUGCUUUUUCAAAAAGCCGUGGACUGAUGGAAGGGUAGAAGGCGUGGUGGAGUACGCUGGCACCGGCAAAGGACGUCUAUUCUGCACCGGUGCCUUUACCUCUUUUGAAGUGAAGGAGUCGCACCAGGGUGAUGUAAAGUGUCUCCCCACCGGUGCACGCACGCUCCUUCUGGACGCGGAUGCGAGUAAAGUUAUGGUCCGUGGCGUGGAUAAGUUUUUUGACCUUGAAGAUGAUAAAACCGAAGAGCUUAAUAAGGAUGAACUGUGGGAAAUGGGCUCUGUGUGGCUUCAGAGAAAGGUGGCUGGCUUCACAGUCACAUUGUUUUCUCUGGACGGUGGGUCUGUCGGCGUUACCACAAAGCAUGUUGUGGAGGGCUUGCAUGUUGAGUUGGCUCGGUGCGUGUUGGACCACCUCUUGAGUGCCGAGCAACAGAAAUUGCUUGCUUUUGACUUGUUUUCGGUAGAAGCCGCGGUGUGCUGCGAGUGUGUCUCUCUAAAGGACGAUCUGCACCACCCAGUGUUGGAACCAGUUGAAUAUGACAACAAGUUGUUUAUUUUUUCGGUUCAUAAACGGAAUGACCUUCGGGAAAUUGCGGUGCCUAUUGAAAAGGUGCAGGUGAUGUCAAAGAGGUGGGGACUGCCUGUGGUGCCUUCAUGGCGUGCCGGAGGUCGUGAGAAACUACAACAGUGGUUACAAAAAAGGGAAAAAUGGUUGGGGGAAGGCCCAGAUGGCAUACCGCUUGCUGAGGGGUAUGUUGUUCUUGUUGAAAUACCCGUAACGCGAAUGUCAUCAUCAGUUGUGCUUGAGGAGCCUUUUACUGUGGCUCCGCUUCGCUUGAAGGCGAAGACUGUAAAGUAUCGUGUCCUACGCUCCCUGCGCUCCAUUCUAACGGGAGACUCCACAGAGAGCCCAAAACUAUUUCAUGACGUCCUAGCUGUGUGGUCGGAGCUUAUUGGCGGGUAUAAAUGUUUUAAACAGGCGGUGGCUCAACGCGGGGUGUGUGAAAUUUGUUCCCAGUUUGAGACCCACGUCUCCACGCACAGCAAGAGAAGACUACGUGGAAGUCAUAUGAGCAUUGGGCAAGCCUUUGAAAAACUAAUAAAUUUUACUGAAGGAGAAGCGCUUGUGAAGCGGCGCGCGUCCCUCAACGUUAUUAUGUUGUGUGGUAUACCAGGAGCUGGCAAGACAACUUUGAGUCUGGCCCUUAUGGCGAUGGCGGAGCGUGGUGACUCUCCCUUUCGAUAUUUAAUCUACCUGAGCAGGGAUCAAGUUGCCAGGGAUGUUGCUGCACAGGAAGGCAUUGAUGACUCUUCUAGCAAGCACAAACAGAGAAAACUGAGGGCAAUGGUGCAUCACGCGUUGUUAGAAGCAGUGAAACAGGCAGUGUUGUUUUCGCUCAUUCAGGAAGGUCCUGGUCUUCUUCUCAUGGAUGCUUGUAAUGCAAAGGCCGAAACGCGGCGUGUGUGGCGCGGCAAAUUGCCCCCCAAAGUGGAGAGUUUUCGUUUGCUUCAUGUCACCUGCUCGGACCACCCCGAACUUUUGCGACGCCUUGCUAAACGGCGGGAUCAUGACGUUAUUCGCAACAAUUCGGAAGCGCAGACCGUACUUUACGCGGUAAAGAAGGUGUUUCUUGAGCCUUUGGAAGAUGAGUUGUGUGUGCGGUUGGACACGGCAAGCACCUCAGCGGAGGAUAUUGCCCGUUAUGUUUUUUCUCUCUACAAAGGUGAUAGACAACGUUACGCCACUGUCUACGAUUACCGGGGGCCUGAGGAAGGCUUGAAGGCACUGCGGGCGACACUUGUUGAAUCUCUCUUGGGGCCUGUUGGCGAAGGGGCGUCCACGCUGCUCGUGAGCAGCGUCAAACGAAUAAAGACUUCUAACGCCAUUUUUGUGCGACUUGAGAUUUCUUCGGAUGAGCUUUUGCAAAUAGCAUCGGAGGCUAUUAUGGCCGUGACGGGAAUGGACUGCUUGUCUCUGAGCUGGUGGGAAAAAUUCAAACGCGCGCUUGGAAUAGAGAUACGACCUCUUUGCUCAACCAUCGAAGAUGGGCAUACUCGUUGGAUUUAUGGUUGGUUAUUUGAUGGGCGUAAAGAGGGCAAAGCGUUUUCGGCUGAUGCAUGGCGUCACGCUCUUACUGAACGCUUUGAGUGCCGCGCAUCUGCUCCACAUGUAACAUUUGCCCAUGACGCCUCCAGUGUAGAGUCAUCUCCUUUGGUCCCCGAAGCCGGCAGCAUGGCUGAGGUGAACCUCACCUCUAUUUUGUUGGAUCGCUUCGCCAUUUGUUUUGGCGCCAUAGCUGUGGUAAAUGGACAGCGCUACGAGAAACAACUUGGUUUAUCCGAAGCAGUUCCACUGCAUGUGACUGUGUGCCACACAGAGCGUGUAAAACCCUCCUAUGCGGGAGAGAUGUUUGAUCUUUUUAGACAAUGGGGCCGUCACAACAAAGAAUUACAACACAUGAAGAGUGGUGUUUUGGUGAAGAGAAGUCGAUUAAAAUUCUUUAACUUUUUGAAGCUGCGUCUGGAGAGAUCCGUUGCUUUGCGAGGGAUUGUUGUUUCCGAGACGUGA